GUUAGUAUUAUGCAAAGUUGUGAUUGUUGGAUGCAGGGUUUUUAGCUUGCGGCUGAAGAGUCUGGUUUAUUCACAUCUUUAUUUUCUGAUCUCUUCGCAAUGGAGACCAUGUCUCCACCAAACAACUGGCCAGAGGAUUUCCAUGCUUCUGACGGAGUGAUUGACAACGCGGUGGAUAUGGACCGUCUGAACAGAAACAUUCCCCAGCGCGGUCGACAGACACAUCAGGUCUUGCAGAGCACCCCUCUGGACCUCAUAGAGACUGGGAAGGGACUGAAGUUCCAAGCAGAGCGCCCCCACCUGGUCAGCCUGGGCAGUGGCCGUCUCAGCACGGCCAUCACUCUCCUGCCUAUACCUGAGGGCAGGACUACUCUGGGCCAUGGAGCCAUGGACAUCAGCAUCCAGGGACCAGGCGUGGCAGCCCAGCACUGCUACAUCGAGCACCGGGCGGGAGUUAUCACUCUGCACCCCUGUGGGAACCAGUGUGCCAUCGAUGGCCUGCCUGUCACCAAACCUGUCCGACUCUCACAGGGUUGUAUGUUGUGCUUCGGACAGUCUGCCUUCUUUCGCUUCAACCACCCUGAAGAGGCUUUCAGGAUGAAGAGCAUGAUGCCAUCUUCAAACACAGGUUCGACUGGGAGCCUCAGAAACCACCAAGACUCAAACCGCUUCGUCAAUGGGAACCACCAAUCAGGGCCGCUGCACUGUGAGAAACCCCGCCCCCAGCACAGCUCCCUGGUCAGCUCCAUUGAGAAGGACCUGCAGGACAUCAUGGACUCCUUAGUCAUGGACGACCCCCAGCCCUCCACCUCCCAGCCCAAAAUGGCCGCCGGCCAGCCGGCCCCUCAGUCGGCGCUGUCUCCCAUGCUGAACGGGGGCGGCCGCUACCUGCUGUCCCCGCCCACCAGCCCGGGUGCCAUGUCGGUGGGCUCCAGCUACGAGAACGCCUCCCCGCCCUUCUCCCCGCUGUCGUCGCCCUCGGUGACCAGCAGCGGCGGUUACACCAGCCCCUCCCCCGGCGGCGGUCAGGACCCCGCCCUCCCCCCGGUGCCGGCACGGUCCUCCAGCUACCACUACACCACCCAGCCCCCGGUGCCCCAGCCCCGCACCCUCCUGCCCAGCUACGGGGCCAGCGGAGUGGGGCUCAGGGUGCAGGAAAGCCCCAGGCUUCAGAGGAAGGCCCUGCUGGAGGCCCCUCCAAGCCCCACGCUGACUCGCCGGGGAAUGGGCCAGGAGGGCGGCGCGGCGAGGGGCGGGGACAGCCCCAGACACGCCCACGGGCUGCCCUCGCUGUCGGUGUCGCCCACCACGGCGGACGGCGGGUCUUUUCCUCGGACCGUCGUCCCCGGGAGUCCCCGAAUGACCCCCAAAUUCCCCCCCGUGUCUCCCUCCUCCAACCCGGCCAGUCCCAGGACCAAAGCAUCCGUGUCGGUCCUCCAGGAGAGACCCCCCAGCCCGUUCCGCGAGCCUGCGGACCGCUCUCUCUCCUGCAGCCCCUCUCCCCGAACCCUCCAGCCCCCUGUGGACCCGGUGGUCCAUGUGGUCCCACCCCAGCCCCUCCCCCGCAACCUGCAGCCCCCGGAGAGCCCCCGCCCCGGCCGGCGAGCCCUGGACACGGGCGGCCUGCUGCCCCCCCCGAGCCCCUCCCUGCCCCGCCGCGGCGUGCCCGUGCUGCCUGUGGCGUUUUCGGGGUGCCCUCCCGCUCUACGUACCCCCGAGAGCCCCUCCGGACGGCUGGUCCCGGACAGUCCCAGGCUGAGGCGCAGAGCCGCCUCCCCCCCGGAGGAGCCAAUGGGGCGGGCGGUGCGGGCCCGGAGCCCCUCCCCCACUGGCCUGCUGAUGGAGGCGGGGUCUGGUGGGCGGAAGGCCAGCUUUGGGAACGCCCUCUCACCGGCGUACAGCCUGGGCUCUCUCCCCGGCUCCUCCCCUCUGCCCAGCCCCCGCACGCAGCGCAAGAUGUCCGGCGGGGUCCGCGAGCUGAGGGGCCCGCACCCCGGGAUGCGGGAGCGGAAGAACAGCAUCUCCGAGAUCAGCGACAACGAGGACGAGCUGCUGGAGUAUCACCGCCGGCAACGCGAGGAGCGACUCCGAGAGCAGGAGAUGGAGAGACUGGAGCGGCAGAGGCUGGAGACCAUCCUGAACCUGUGUGCCGAGUACAACAAGGGCGACACCCCGGGGCCGGAGGGAGCGAGGCUGGGGUUCCCGGGAUUGGCCCCCGCCGGGGAGGACACCCUCAGGAGGGCGGGGCUGGACGCAGCGCGGGGCCCGGCCCUGCGCGUGCCGCAGAAACAGAGGGAGAGCGACGAGGAGAACCUGAAGGAGGAGUGCAGCAGCACAGAGAGCACGCAACAGGAGGAUGAAGACUGUGGGGGCAGCGGGAGGCGGGAGCUGGCGUACCUGGAGGAGGAGCGUGUGAGAGUGCUGACCCGUGUGGACGAGCUGAAGACCCGCAUCACCGAACUGGAGCAGCAGCUGCAGGAGUCCAAGCAGGAGGCAGAGAUGGAGCGGGCCUUGCUGCAGGGCGAGAGGCAGGCGGAGCUGGAUCAGGUGGAGGCAGAGACUGAGAUCAUCUCACAGCUACAGCGCAAACUCAACCAGCUGGAGAGCACCAUUCAGAGAGAGAAGGACAAGGAGAGGGCAAAUGUUGAUGUGGAACGGGAGGUCCUGGCCCGACUCCAGGAGGGGUACAGUGAGCUGAAGAGCCAGCUUCACAACUGCCCCGAAUCCCUGCGCGAGCACUUACAGGAUCAGCUGAAGAGGGAGGCAGAGGCUCUGGAGUGCGAGACCAAGCGGUUCGAGGACUUGGAGUUCCAGCAGCUGGAGAAAGAGAGCAGCUUAGAGGAGGAGAGAGAGACCAUCAGCCAGCAGCUCCUGCAGGAGAGAGCGCAGUAUCACACCAGCGUGGCCCAUCGGAAGGAAAAGGUGGCAGCACUUGAGAGCCAAGCCAGUCAGCUGGGGCUGCAGGCCAGCCAGGAGUGUGAGCGAUUGGCUAAGGACAGGAACCAGGCCCUGCAGCUGCUUCAUAAGGAGAAGGAGAGGCUGUCGGCCCUGGAGAAGCGCUACCUCAGCCUCUCCGGGGGAAGGGCCUUCCCCAAGAGUGCCAGCGCCAUGAAGGAGGAGUAUUUGAAGCUCUCUGAUGUCUAUAAGAUGUAUGGGAACGGUUGCCAUGACACCCAAACCACCACCUCUGCUCAGAACUGCACUCCGCUUGCCGUAGUUCCAGCACUCGUCAGCGAGGAUUACGUCACCGUCAGCCAAUUAAACCAGAUCUUCGGGAUGCCGAAGGUCGACUCCUCCCCCACAUCUCCUGUCCAAUCAUUCCAGUCUGUCAUUUCAGACUCUGCCUUCUCCUGCCACACCCCUCCGCACGGCACCUCCCUGUCUCCCUCUGCUGAGUCUCAGAGGAGUAGGCCUCACAUCCCCCCUCUUGAUUUAGAGCGCUGGUACCAGGAGAUAAUGGCUGCUGGGGAACCCAGUCAGCCCUGUCCCCCCCCUCUCCCUGCUAAGUCUUUCUCCACACGCAGGCCUGGGCAGGUUUACCGCUCCAAAAUGGACAGCGAUGGCGGGUCUUCUCCACUGCACCCCAAAGCCAGUGUGGGAUCUUCAGCCCAGUACAGCGCUGCUACGAUGAGCCGCAGCACACCUACCAAGAGCCCCAUGACCACACCCAGCCACACUGGCAGUCUGCCCCGCAACCUGGUCUCCACUCUGCAGGACAUCGAGACCAAGAGACAGCUGGCACUGCAGCAGAAAGAACCCAUGCCUUCCACGCCUGAAUCCUCCUCCACCAGCGACAGUGUCACAGGCCAGCAGGUGAUCGAGGAGCAGAGGAGGAGGCUGGCGGAGCUGAAGCAGAAGGCCGCAGUGGAGGCCCAGUGCCAGUGGGAGGCGCUGCGGGGCUCGCAGACGCAGCUGAACGCCACGUUCCCCCCCGCCGGGCCUCCCAUGGUGCACCACUCCAUCCUGCACCACCAGCCCCCUCCGGCCGGGGAGCGGGCCUACGACACCCUCAGCCUGGAGAGCUCCGACAGCAUGGACACCAGCGUCUCCACCGGCAACUCCGCCUGUUCCCCCGACAACAUGUCCAGUGCUAGCGGAAUGGAGGCCCUGCAGAUCGAGGAGAUGGAGAAGAUGCUGAGAGAGGCCCAGCUGGAGAAGGCCAAGCUGAUCGAGACACGAGAGAAGGAGACGCAGGCGCGGAGGCAGAUGCUGGAGGAGGAGCGGAGGAGGCGCGAGGAGGCGGAGAAACGGCUGCAGGACGAGACGGUGCACAGGCAGCAGCUGGUGGAGAAGGAGGUGAAGAUGAGGGCCAAGAACUUCUCACAGGCUCGUCCCAUGACACGGUACCUGCCCAUCCGCAAGGAGGAGUUCGACCUGCGCUGCCACAUCGAGUCCUCCGGGCACAACGUGGACACCUGCUACCAGGUCAUCCUCACCGAGAAGAUGUGCAAGGGCUACCUGGUCAAGAUGGGCGGCAAGAUCAAGUCCUGGAAGAAGCGCUGGUUUGUCUUCGACCGCCUCCGGAGGACCUUCUCCUACUACGUGGACAAGCAUGAGACCAAGCUGAAGGGAGUGAUCUACUUCCAGGCUAUCGAGGAGGUGUAUUACGACCACCUGCGCAGUGCCACUAAGAAAGGAUUUUUCAACCUCAGUUUGGCCAAUCACAUCUCUGAUCUUCUACCUCCUCAGUUCCGUAGAGAGAGUCCCAACCCUUCUCUGACGUUCUGUGUGAAGACGCACGACCGGCUGUACUACAUGGUGGCUCCGUCGCCCGAGGCCAUGAGGAUAUGGAUGGACGUCAUAGUAACAGGAGCUGAGGGCUACACGCAGUUCAUGAACUAAAGCAGACAUGGGCGCCAUUUUGAAAAUCUCGGUAACGGACAGUUCCAGCAGGGAGUUACCUGACACCAUCGCUUCAUUACUAGGACCUAAACUCCCACUUCUGGGAAAAGCCUUUAAUUAGUUACUUUUAUUAGAUUUUUUUUUUUAACCUAUACUUUCAUUAUAGACUUUUUCUUUGCCACGUUUUCUACAUGAUUCAGCAUGGAUGAAAAAGGGAGUUCUGGAAGGACAGAAACAAAAUGAUACCAAAAUUCUCGACUUUGCAGCUUAAAACACAGCCUUGCUUUUAUUGCCAAUGGAGAGAUUGUUUUUUUUAAUUUCUUUUUUUAACAGUUCCAUGAUGAAAGGACCCAUUUUUGUGUACGGCUGACUUUAAUGCUUUUGAAGUGUAAUGACACUGCAUUAUUUAAACUUCAGCUACAGGCCACUGGAGGCCAGCCAAUCUGAAGUGCUUUUUCAGACGCCCACUUUGACAUGCAAUUCACAGGCGGGGAAUCUGUUGUGAGGUCUGGGUCGGUAUCCAUUGGAAUUGUCACAUCAGCAAAGAUUUAUUUUCCAAUAAAUACAAACGUGAGUUUUUACUGGAACGCCAACCAACAUAAACAUAUCUGUGUAGACAAAUCCAGGACAAUUUCCACCAAAGAUCUUCUGUGCCAGCAGCGCAAGAGGGGGCCUGUUUCCCCUUUAUGGUUCUUUUUUUAAUUUAAGAAAGGUCUCCGUUGGAACCCGCUGAAUCGGAUCCACACUGUGUUUUUCUGAGGAUGUUGCCAACAAAUUAAUUCAAAGGUGCAAAAUACACACACACACACACACACACACACACACACACAGGCAUGUGUACAUGCACACCUGCAUGCCUGCACGCAUGUGCGCUUCAAACACGUAUGAUCCGUGUGCCACGUUGUGACAUCUAUACCUUUAUCCCCAACACAGAGCAGCCAUUCCAUCACUGCCAGCCUACGACAAGAGCUACUAAAGACACAACAUAACUAACUAUAAUGAUGCAAUUCAUUCUCUCUUGAAACUAAUAUGUGCCUUCAUAUGUAUUUAUUAUUCCAGGUAUUUGACUUUAAAGCUUGUGGGAAAACUAUCCUAUAUAUCAUCUGUGAGCGUGUAUGUGUGUAUGUGCGAGUGUAUGUGCGUGUAUGUGUGUAUACGUGUGCCUGUGCAUGUGCGCGUGUCUAUGUGCGUGUAUGCGCGUGCCUGUGCAUGUGCGUGUGUAUGUGCGUGUAUGUGCAUGUGCGUGUGUAUGUGUGUGUCUAUGUGCGUGUAUGCGCAUGCCUGUGCACAUGCGCAUGUGCUUGCUGGUGUGUGUGUAUGUAUAUGUAUAUGUAUAUAUAUAUAUAUAUAUUUCUUUUUUGUAAUUUCAAUAUUAUUGAAGGGAGAUUUGCACAAGGUCCGGGAAAGUUAACAGUCUUACGGCUACUGUUUAAUUACAGUGUAAUAGUGGGACACUCGGACAGGAAUCUCUGAUUUUUAUUAAAGCCCGGGUAUCGAAUUAAAAGCAAACCAGUCUAUCCUAGUGUUUGCUGUGCAGUGAUCCGUCUGUAAGGUAACCGUGUCCAAGGGAAGAUCCACGGAACACUGGAAAGGAACUCAAACGACCAGAUCUACAGUAUCUAGGUGUUCAUAAUGACCAGGACCUGUGUGCUGACAGACCGUAACAUCAUGUCCGUAGCACUGACCGACCUACCAGUGGUUUUAGUCAUGUGUCUGGUGUCCAGCUGGUGCAUGUAGACCCUUGGGGAUCAGUAGACUGUGUUUGACAUUAUUGUAACAGUUCAGUAUUGUAGCUAAUGUGAAUAAAAGGAUCAAUGAUCGAUCUCCAGAAGAAACGAUGCAAACAUAUCAACAUAGGUUUGGUUUUGAGUGACUUUGGUCACCAGAGCGACCAAUGAAAAGCAACCAAUGAAAACGUCCCUCUGAUUUUUGUGUUCUGACAUGUACACCUCACAUGCUCAUUCAAGUUCAUUUAGUUCAUAUAACUCUUCUCACUUUAUACAAAAGUAUUUAACUAUAAACCAUACAUGCUAUGACACUACAGGCUGCAGAACUAUUUUGAGAAUCAGGAAUGCACCACUGUCUCUUUUCUAUACGUGCAUUCAUCUGGUUGGAAAAUAAUACGUGCACAAAUGUACCUUCACUUUGUUGUAGUCAUGUGCUAUUGUUGCAUUAGGCAAUGUCUAAUGUCUUUUUUUGCCCACCGUUUCCUCUCUGUUCCUCGGUUUCAUUCUCUCUCAACCCCUCUCUGUCUCUCCCUGCUAUCAUAGUCCCGCUACACCAUUCACUCACACUCUCACACAUACAGACACACACACAUACAUACACUCUCACAUGUACAGAUACACACACACACACUCACACUCUCACACAUACAGACACACACACAUACAUACUCACAUACUCAUACGGACACACAUACUCACAUGUACACACAUAGACACACACACUCACACAUGUACACACACAACACACACACACACGCAUAUGCACAUACUCACACGUACGUACACACACGCAUACUCACACACAUACAUGUAUGCACACACUCGCACAUACACACACACACACACACUUAUGCACACACACUCUGGACCAUGUUACAUGAAUGGUACUUCUUUGCCUCACACCCUUACAUCUGUGGACUAUGUGGGGCUCAUCACGCCAAUUAAAAAGGAAAUCUUUA